AUGGCUUCUUUAUAUGGAGAGAUUGGCGAAGAUAUAUGGGAGUCUGUAGACGAUGAUGACUUUGUUGAAUAUGCAACUAACAACAUUAGUGCAAAUUUUUCUAAAGAGUAUUAUCCAGAAUUUAGUUCUAAACUAAAAGAGAUUGAGUCCAAUGACUACUGUUCUAACACGGAAACAUUUUCAGCUAUAAAUGAAGAUUUUAGUUCUACAAAUAAAAUAAUAGACAAUAAUAAACUACUACUUAGAAAACUGUGGGCAAUUGAAAAUAAUGAUAAUGUGGAAAACUUUGAUGAGAUUUUUCCCGUUGAGAAAAGAGCUUUGACAUAUCCUUACGAAUUAGAUAUUUUUCAAAAAAGAGCUAUAUUAUGUAUUUCAAGGUAUCAACAUAUUUUAGUUUGCGCUCACACUGGUUGUGGUAAAACAGCCGUAGCAGAAUAUGCAAUAGCACAAUGUAAAAAAAAUAAUUAUAGAACGAUUUACACGUCUCCUAUAAAAGCUCUGUCUAAUCAAAAAUAUAAUGAUUUAUCACGACAAUUCGAUUCUAUAGGAAUAAUCACCGGAGACGUCUGUGUUAAUAAAUCGGCACAAUGCUUGAUAAUGACAACAGAGAUACUUAGGAACCUACUUUAUAGAAGAGACCCAAUGCUAAAUGAAGUUGGAGCGGUCAUAUUUGAUGAAGUUCAUUAUAUUUCUGAUGCAGCACGAGGUGUGAUUUGGGAAGAAUGUAUAAUUAUGAUGCCUAGCCAUAUAAUUCUUGUAAUGUUAUCUGCAACAAUUAGUAACGCAAAGCACUUUGCUAAUUGGGUUGGAAUGACCAAACAAAAAGAAGUUUUUAUUAUCAGAACGUCGAAAAGAGUAGUUCCGUUAAUACACUAUAUGUAUUUUAAUAAUAAGCGUUAUCAACUCAUCAACAAUAAUCAGCAAACAAUAACUCAAGCAUAUAAGCAAAUGUAUAAUGAUCUUCUAUCUUAUUUGAUUAGUACAGACUCAUUACCCGCCGUGGUUUUUUGUUUCAGCCGUAAUAAGGUAGAACAACUGGCACAAAAAUUGUCACCACUUUCAAAUUUUACUCACAAAGAAAAGUCAAAGGCUAGAAGUUAUUUUCAACACGCACUAGAAUGUUUAUCAAAAUCUGACAGAGAUCUUCCAGCCGUUAAACUGAUUCAAUCAUUAAUGGAAAAAGGUAUAGGUAUACAUCAUGGUGGAAUGCUUCCAAUACUUAAAGAAAUUACUGAAAUUUUAGUAUCUAAAAAAUUGAUCAAAGUUUUAUUUGCCACAGAUACGUUUGCCAUGGGAAUUAAUAUGCCAAUGCGCACAGUGGUACUAAGUGAACUGAAAAAACACGAUGGAUCGAAAACACGUUAUUUACAAUCAAAUGAAUAUAUCCAAAUAGCUGGAAGAGCCGGCCGUAGGGGUCUAGAUAACUUUGGACAUGUCUACAUUCUUGUAUCUCAAAAAGAACCAACCCCCCUUAAUGAUUUAGUUAAGAUUUUGAAUUUCAAGCCACUGGCCUUAGAUUCUAAAUUCCAUCUUAACUUUUCUAUGGUACUUGAAAUUCAAACUCGAAGUAGCAUUGAUCCAAGCUUAAUUCUCGGUUCUUCUUUGAAUGAAUCUACAAGACAAUCCGAAUAUAGAUUUCACAAACAUCAAAUCAAGCAGAUACUCAAUGAAAUAGAUGAAAUAACCAACGCAUUAACGCUGGGGAUUGAUAAAACUAAACUAGCAGAAUUUACUAACUUAAAAAGAAGGUAUUAUAAAUAUGCUCAGAACGCAUUUGUUCAUUUAUUACAUACAUCUAAAUUAUUUAAAAAUAUUUUUCAACCCGGAAGAUGCAGUGAGUUACAAAUCAAGCUAAAUGAUGAAAAAUGGGAGUUUAUCUGCAACGACUCGUUUAUACCAAUCGCUUACAAUUGGGCCAACGGACACAGUUUUCAAUUAAUUAAAGAAUAUACGACAUUAAAUGAAGGACUAAUUAAAUUCUAG